AUACUUUAUCUUUUCAUUUAGAAUUGAAGCAUAUAUACUCCGAUGCAGAAUGGACAGAUAUUUUACGAAUAUCUGUAGAAGAAUCUGAAAAAGUAAAAUUUCCUUCUCAAGUGCUUGCUCCUCAAGAAGUUAUAGAAACUCAUUCAUUUAAAGCUGGAAUGAAAUUAGAAGCCGUAAGUCCUGCUAGUAAAUUACAGCUCUGCCCCGCAACAGUUACGAAAGUACUCAACAAUUACUAUUUUCUGGUCGAAAUCGACGACUAUCGAAAAGAUACUGAUAAAAAACAAUCCCCCGCGGUUAUAUGCUGUCACGCUAAUUCCUUAGUUAUAUUUCCCGUAAAUUGGGGGAAAGAACACGGUGUUAAAAUACAUUUCCCGAAAGGAUUAGUAGAUAAUCCAGGCAACAAAGAAUUUGAUUGGCAACAAUAUCUUAAUUUUUGUAAAGCGGAAGUUGCACCUUGCGAACUGUUCAAAGGA